AAUCACUUUCACAGUUUCAUUCAAGGACAUAAAAUUUGUCCACAUUAAAAUCCACGUCACCAACACCAGAUAAGCAAGAGGAUAAGCCAUAUUCUUUUUUCACCGUCAGAUGGAUACUCUCCAUAAUCCAACGGCCAAAAACACAUAACCUUAGAUUAUCCAUAAUCAUCAUCAUCACCACCCACAUCAAAUACACUCAUUUCCAAUUCAAAAAAACUCACAACAACACAACACUCCAUUUUCUAUUCACACCCCCCCUCCAAAUGGCAUCCGCAACAGCCACCGCCGCUGCCACCUCAUCCCUCAUCGGAACUCGUCUCCGCGGAGUUCAAUACAAUUCCGGCCGAAUCCAAGCCCGAUUCGGCUUCGGAAAAAAGAAAGCAGCACCAAAGAAACCAUCACGAUCGAGUCCAACCACCGAUCGUCCAUUAUGGUAUCCAGGUGCAAAGUCACCGGAAUGGCUUGACGGAAGUUUGAUCGGAGAUUACGGAUUCGAUCCAUUCGGUUUGGGGAAACCAGCUGAGUAUUUGCAAUUCGAUCUUGAUUCACUUGAUCAGAAUUUAGCAAAGAAUCUUGCCGGAGAUGUUAUCGGAACUAGAACGGAAUUCUCCGACGUGAAAUCGACACCGUUUCAGCCUUACACUGAAGUAUUUGGACUUCAGAGGUUUAGAGAAUGUGAAUUGAUUCAUGGAAGAUGGGCUAUGCUUGCUACUCUUGGUGCUCUUACUGUUGAAUGGCUUACUGGUGUUACUUGGCAAGAUGCUGGAAAGGUGGAGCUAGUAGAAGGGUCAACAUAUCUUGGACAACCACUUCCAUUCUCCAUCACAACACUAAUCUGGAUUGAAGUUCUUGUAAUUGGAUACAUUGAAUUCCAGAGGAAUGCAGAGCUUGAUUCAGAAAAGAGACUAUACCCAGGUGGAAAAUUCUUUGACCCACUCGGUUUAGCAGCCGACCCAGAAAAGAAAGCAACUCUUCAAUUGGCCGAAAUCAAACACGCUCGUCUUGCUAUGGUUGCAUUCCUUGGUUUUGCUGUUCAAGCUGCUGCUACUGGUAAAGGCCCUCUUAACAACUGGGCUACACAUUUGAGUGAUCCUCUUCACACUACCAUCAUUGAUACCUUUUCUUCCUCUUAGUUCUUAUUAACUCAUGUAUGCUUUUCUACAUAUAUGUAUGUAUGUAUAAAUGCUAUUUGGCAUUGGUUGUAAACAUUGUGCUUAGUUUGAUUAGUACUUGUGAGAUUAGUACUUGUGAUGAAAUUCCUAACGUGAAUUGGAGCAGUUAAGCUUAAUUUUGUUUUCUGCUUUAUAAUUAAGCACAAAAUUUGAGGGCAAUGAAGAACAUUAUAACACGAUUAUGAAUAA